CAAACAUGGCGGCUGAAGGAGAUGUGGAUCUGGAUCUGGAGGCUGAGGAGAACUGUACGGGAAAACCGACAGAAAAGCCGAGAAAGCAUGACAGUGGAGCUGCUGAUUUAGAAAAGGUUACCGACUAUGCGGAGGAAAAAGAAAUAUCCAGCUCAAAUUUGGAAACGGCAAUGUCCGUGAUUGGAGACAGAAGAUCCAGAGAACAGAAGGCAAAACAAGAAAGAGAAAAGGAGCUGGCCAAAGUAACAAUAAAGAAAGAAGACGUGGAGCUCAUAAUGGGAGAGAUGGAGAUUUCCAGAGCCGUGGCGGAGCGCAGUCUGAGAGAACACAUGGGGAAUGUGGUGGAGGCUCUGAUCGCACUCACCAACUGAGGAGAUUGAAAGUUUUGAGCUGUAUAUGGACACAUUGGACUGCCUUUUUUCCCGCUUGUGAUGACCUUACCUUUUCCACACUGUACUUAUUCUGUAAUAAAGGAACCAUUUUUAACA